AUGGCUACAUCACAUUUCUCCAAUGACGACUUAAAGUCCGAGAAUCUUUUUGAUGUCUCCUACGUCAAGGCUGUCAUCACUGGCGGUGGGAGUGGGCUUGGCGUUAUGAUGGCCCAGGUCCUGCAGACACAUGGUGCCACCGUCUACAUUGUUGGACGGCGCGAGGAGGCACUGGAUAAUGUCGUCAAGCAAUACAGCAAAGGGCCAGGCAAAAUCAUUGCCCUUGAAGGAGAUGUGACCAAAAAGGAUGAGUGCACACGGUUGGCUGACGAGGUCGCGAAGCACGAACCCAACGGUAUCACGGCACUCAUCAACAAUGCUGGAGUCGCACGCGACAAAAACACCGGAUUUACCAAGAAUGGUCAGCCUGAGAUGACUGAUCCCGAGGCUAUCUCGAAGCAUUUGCUUCGCUCCGAGCCCGAGCACUGGGCCGAGACGUUCGAGACCAACGUGACGGGAGUGUUCUUCAUGUCAGCUGCAUUCAUCCCUCUUCUCGCUAAGGGCACUUCGAACAGCAAGUUCACUAUGAUGAGUUCGAUCGUAAAUAUCUCAUCAAUCAGUGGUCUCAUGAAGGGUUCCAGCAAUGGCCAGUUCUCCUAUGCCGCAAGCAAGGCUGCGGCCAUCCAUCUGACCCGGUCCCUAGCUACAACGCUCAAGGAUGCUGGCAUUCGCGUGAAUCAGAUUGCCCCCGGAAUUUUCCCCAGUGAGAUGACGACGGGAGAGUCAGACGACAAGCAGAAAAGUGAGCUGAGCAGUAAAAUGGGAAACCCGGCAGGCCGUGGAGGAGCUGAUUCGGACAUGGCUUCUUCGAUCUUGUUCUUGGUGUCGCCUGCAGCCUUGUUCUACAACAAUCAAAUUCUGCAUCCGGAUGGUGGACAGAUGUUGAUCGCUCCUGCAGCGAUCUGA